UGUGGAUUCACUGUCAUGGCGGCGUCAUUACAAAAAUAUGAGCUUGGUUUUAGCAUUUAACGAACUAUUUAAGAACGAGCGAAGCUUCUAAUAUGCACACUGAAAAGAAAAGAUCCAAGGAGGACACAUGGAAAGCAGCAGAUCUGAAAAGAUACAUUGCAGAAGGGGCACACGGAGAUGGGAGACGAGGAGAUGACGGACGAAGUCGUGGGGAGUCUUUACAGAAACACUAUAAGGAGUCCAGAAGGGAAGGAGAUAAAGAUAGAGAUUUCUAUACUGGAGGCAGAGAAGAUGGAGAUGAGGUGUACAGACAUGUUGAAAGAAGAAAAGAGGGUUCACGAGACAGACGGAGUGAUAGAGAAAGGGACAUAAGAGAGGAGAGGGAUAAAGACAAGGAGAGGAGGAGAGAACGAGACCAUGACCAUAUCAUAAAACCUGAUAGGAGAAGAAGGGAUCAAGAGGAAACACAGAACAGGGAAAGGGAUAGUCACCGCCAAAGAGAAAAGGAUAAGGUAAAAGACAAGUACACAGAUGAAGAGAGGGCAAGAAGGAGGCAGGAACUUGAGAAAGAAGUAAGGAAAGAAGAAGGAGACCAGGAAUACAAGCAUUACAGAGACCCCCGGAGUCAUGUGAAAAUUGACAAAGGUGGGUCUGAAUACAAUGAUAAAUACAACAGGGAGCGAAGAGAACGACAUAGAGAAAGAGAUAGACAGGGAGAAGAAUAUGCAACCAGCAGGAGUGAAAAAGGGAGAAGAGAAAGGCAUACAGAGAGAAAGCAGUCUGAACACCAUGAAGGAAAAGACUAUCAAGAUUAUCGCAGAAAAGACAAAGAUGGCAGAGAGAGAAGACACAAAGAACGAAGACAUCAUGAUGAGAGGCAGAAGCAUCACAGUGAAUACAGAGAGCAUCGAGAUCGGAAGAGGACAGAGGAAGAGGUCAGGCAUCACCGCAGUGACAGAGAGGAAGAACCUAGAGGGGACAAACACCGAGAGAAAAAACAUAAAGAGGAGAAAGACCUUAAAGAAAGGACACAGGAGACAGACAAAGAAUUACAGCAAACCAGGUUAAGUCACUCACAGGAAGCUGAAGAAACAAAGAUUGUCAAUGAAAAUGAGCCAGAACAGGAAUAUGAAGAUGACUUUGAGGAAUAUGAGGAUGAUUUUGAAGAACUAGAUGAAAGUGAAAAUGAAGAUGCAAAGAAACAAGAAUUAGUGGAAGAUAAAGAAGAACUUUCACCAGAGAAAAGAGAAGAGAUAAAGGCCAUUCAGAGAGCCAUGGAUGAAGAAAACAAAAAGGUUGGAGCUCUUUCCAGACAGAAUACCACAGAGAUCGAGGAAGAAAGACCUAAAUGGUCCAGAGAAUCAGAGAGGACUGAAAGUCAGACUCCUCAAUGUGGAAAAUUUAUGGACUUCGUAGCAGCCAAACAACGAGAAGUAAACAAAAAAGUUGCCACAAAACAAAAGAAACGUGGCACAGAGUUACUCCGACUGAUUGAUUUGGAUUUCACUUUGACAUCGUCCCUCUUGGAUUUACCUCCAGUGAAUGAAUAUGACAUGUACAUAAGAAAUUUUGGAACAGCAAAUACUAAGCAGGCUUAUGUUCAAUGUAAUGAAGAUAAUGCAGACCGAGAUAUCCAGACAGAAGAGAUAGAGCUGUGUGAGAAAUGGACCCAGCAUCCGCAAGAGCAUAGUGGAGCUUGUGGUGAUCCAAACAAUUCCUCUAAAGCGAGAGAUGGAGCCCUCAACGAACUGAAUAUUGAUUCCAAACGACUGACAACAUUUUUACAAUCAGCUUCACAGGUCAUGAUUGUGUUAUUAGAAGAAGACCAAGCUGAGAGAAAUUCACUCAGAAAGUUGAACACUCAAACCGAUGUUCUAUCUUUCAGUGAUGGAAGUUUACAGCUCAAUACAAAGUUGCCUUUUCUUCUUGGUCGCCACAUAAGCCUGAUUCAUUUUUCUGAAGUCCAAAAACACACCAUGAUAUCUGUUCAUACUACAACAACUAAACCAAGUGCAGUGCAUUUAGAUAACCAUACUCUCAUCUGCAUAUGGAAUAUAUGGGAACCAUCAAGACCACAAAAGAUUCUUUUGUAUGAAUCUGAGGUGCAGUGUUGUUGCUUUAGUCCUGGGAAGGCCACUCUAGUAUUUGCAGGUACUACAGUGGGCUCCGUAGUGCUGUGGGACCUGAGGGAACACACAAGCAACCAUCACCAAAUGACCAUUGGAGGUGAUGAGUGGACCUUCAGGCAGCCUUCCUUUUCCACUGACGCAGUCAUGUCAGCCUCAGGACAUUUCUCAACUGUUAUGUCUGUUGAAGUGGUGCCUUCUGUUGUAAUAAGAGGGCAAAGGUCAGAGGUUUCCCUCUGGACGUCUGAGGAAGAAGCGACUGGAUUGUCAUUUCAACUGGCAUCUCUUGAUGAAAGUGGGAUUUUAAAUUUCUGGGUGGUGGUGGAACUUCCAAAAGCUAAUGAGGCAGGCUCCCAAACAGAUUUAGGGCUGAGACCUGGUGGUAAAGUUAAGCUCCUUCACAGCUCCUCUCUCUCAGUUGUUGACAGAAUGUCCCACAAAGCAAACAAGUCAACACCUCUGCAGACACUUCAGCUAAAGUUUCUUCCAACAGACUCAAAUCAUUUCUUCAUUGGUACUAAUAUGGGUAUUGUCCAUCAUGGCACAAGUCAUGGUUUAAAAGCUUUGCCUAAGUCCUACAGAUGUCAGGAAGGCGAUGAGAAACCCACUGAUAUCAGCUCGGUUAGCUUUUCACCCUUCAGACAAGAUUUAUUUUUGGUGGGCUGUGGGGAUGGCUGCAUCAGGUUGCAUACUGUUAGCCAAGAAAAGCCUUUGAUUGAGUGGAGAGAUGGCUGUGCAGGGCAGCCAGUGGUCUCUGUGCAGUGGUCUCAAACCAGGCCUGCUGUUUUCAGUGUACUAGAUUCAGCUUCAAACAUCUACCUCUGGGAUCUGCUGAAAAAUGAGACAGAACCUGUGAUGAUUGAAGGCACGGGAAAGGACAGAGUGACAGCCAUGGCUUUGUUUGGAGACUCAGGACAACAAAACACAUACUCAGGAGUGGCACUUGCACAUGAAUCAGGGAAAAUAGAAAUUCAGUAUUUCACAAACAAUUUUACAGUGUCUAGUCUUCCAGAAGUAGAAAAGUUAAACAGUUUGGUAGAAGUUAUCUAAAAUAUGUGUAUACAAUAAUAUACACUGUAAUUUAUAUUUUGUACCUGUCCUCUAGUUAUUUCUUUUGGCUUUGUCCUUGUGCCUUUUUAUACACAUUUCCUAUUAUAAGGUUGGUGAGAAAUAUUGUAAAUAUUGUAAUAUAACAGAAAUGGUCACAUUUCAUGGUAAACUGAUGGGUGUAACCUACAUGUGUAAAGGUAUUGUAAAUUGUAAAUAUGAGAAAAUGAAUAUAAAUAGCCUAAUAGAUGUCUAUUUUGUAUGGGGGAAAAAUAAAAU